AUGCGAAUUUGCAAACAUCAUUAACGAGAAUGGUGUUAUUAUUUAAAAUAACUAAUGUUUAAGCAUGUUGUCUAUUCAAUAACGCCUUUAUUAAUUCUGGAAUGAAGUAUCGAGCUUGUCACGUGACCCGUAUAGGCACAACAUUAUUCAUAAACAGACCUUCGUUUGGCCUGACAGCGAUGGACUCGACUCGAUAAAGUUGGAUUUCUAGGACAAGAUGGGAAUCUAGCAACAUAACACACGGCACAAUGUGACCCUAGGAAAGCUUGGCUAGUUAUUCCACUCGGUCUGUUGCCCGUUUGACCGUCAUGAAGCCAGAGAGAGGAGCAACUGAUGCUGAUGAUAUGGAUGAGACUGAUAAGGACCCGUUGGAUUUGUUGUUGGAGCUGGGGCUCAUGGUGCUGGAGGCUCGGACGCCGGACCCGUCCGCCAAGGGCAGAGUAGAGGGCCCCCACUGCCCGUUGUCCAGACGAGGUCAGGCUCACGCAUGUAGUGAUGACCAGUUAGAGUGCCGGCGUGCUGUUGAGCUUGAGGAACAGUUGGAUCUCCUCUGGAGGAACAACAUCCCAGCGUGCAUUGACAUCCUUCUCUACCCGGACUGUGUGCACGGCCACAGGGAGGCACAGGUGCUGGAGGUGGCCGACCAGAUGGGUCAGGCCAUGGAUGACUAUCUGCUGCUGGAGAGGUGGACGUUCCAGUUCUGCAAAAAGAGACAUAUGGACAUGGUGAACGGGCGCAGCGUAGGGCCGUCCAUGUUGCUGCAGGCUGUCAAGUCUUAUCUUCACUUCUCUCAGCUCAGCUCCUGGCUGUUGUCUUCAGAGGGGAAACUACCCCUCACCAUUGUCUACAGGUCUUAUGCACCCGGCGAGAGCAUUGGACAUGAGUUUACCGAGAAUCCUGACAAGCACAGUUUUCCCCAGGUUGACCUUGAGCAUUAUGAGGUCAAAGUUCAGGUGUCAGCCAUCCCUCGUCGGGAUCAGGUACGCCUGCAGUGUCGACUCCCUGUAGAAGGACAAACAACCUCGUCAUCCACAACCUCGUCACCGAAGUCAACGAUGAAGGUCAUCAGUGAUGGAGGAAAAUGUUCACGGAAAAACCCACCGACUGACGACAAGCACAGUGAGAGAGGACGCACGCUGAAACGUACGCGACAUCAUCAGAGUGAAAUGUCACGAAGACGUGAACACAGACGUUACCAAGGCAACCAAAGUGACCUUGAUAAAUCCACCAAUUCCAACUUCCCAAUGAUCCAAAGUCCGAUGAUCUCAGGUAUCUCGUCUUCCACAUCCUGUGAUACCCGGAACUAUCAAUGGGACACCCACGCAGAGAGACAAAGUUUCCACGAAUACCGCCAACCCAGCACUUUCACCACAGUUACACCUAGACAUUUAACAGAUAUUAAAUCAUACCAUUCGGACUCAAAAUCACACGGAAUUCCACCAGAGCAGUCCGAUUUCAGAGAAUCCUAUCCCCAGAAAUUCCGAAUUGAAUCCCCUUCUAGACAAAUAUUUAAAGACAAGUUGCUUCCGUUGAAGCCCGACACGUACAGCGACUCGCAUCUGAAAGUGGACACAACCCCAGCGAGUUCCAACUGUCUGCACAGCCCGAAAGUUCUCAUGACCUCCAACACAAGACCCGAGGAGGUCUACACCAAGAAGAAGUGUCUCGACCUCAGUGGCUCAUCCUCAUCCGGCGACUCAACGGAAUGGAACAACCAGUUCAUGUCCACCAAAAUCAAAGACCUGGCCAGUCCACUAUCCCCAGCAGAUAUCCAGUCCUAUCUAGCCAGUCUCCAGUCGGUCGCAUAUACCCGGCCACAGACUCAAGAAUGUGUUGGUUACGAUAUGUGUGUCACACCAAAGUGUAAGUUCUACCUCGGCUCUGAAGGCAAAUCUGUUGACAAUGGCUACCAGUCAGAGGACAGGACUUUGAAAUCAGGUUACCCGAAAGUUCCACAACCGCUAUUUAACUCUAGUCUUUCCCGAACUGAGUUGAGCAAUAUUGAGCCAGAUUCAACUUCAAGACGAUGGAAGGCUCAAACAGAUGAUCUCGAUAAUGUUACAAAGAGGUUGCAAGGGUUGUCUCCCUUUAUCACCUCCGAAUCUCCACCUACGAAGAAAGAGAAGAAGGAUGUACCCUGUGUUAAAAAAGCAGAGGUUGUUGACAGUGGCAAGACGGUGAAAGACAUUGAUGGGAAAACAGUGCCACAAGAUUCUCCGGCGAAAUCCUUCAAGAGGAAAUACCAGGAGGAGUCUGUGACAAGUAAUCAUCGGAAAUAUUCAAAUUUGGAUGAUUCUGGUGUGGUGUCACAUGACCUGGUAGUGUCCAAUGGACACAGUGCUACUUCAACGUGUGAUUCUCAUAAUGUGUUUUCCCCCUCUGUGACGCCACCAGAGGGAGCUGCAGUCAGUGUCAGCCAAUCGGAACACUCGCUAUGCAAUAACUGUGAUAUACCUAUUAGUAAGAGACUAUCCCAACUGAGGAAGAUCCCGACUACGCCCACCUUGGAGGAUGCUAUGAGCUUCCAACGUCACAUGACCAAAAGUGCCUCCAUGAUGUUUAGCAGUCGCACAGGCCUUCCAACACAGUCUAGUCCGGCUCCCAUCAAGAGGAAGUCGCUGGGCAGAUUCGACUACGACAGCUCCUUAACCAGCACCAGGGCCAUCAAGAAUGCUAUCUCCUGCUCUAAGCUAGUGCUGGGGCCCGCGGCAGACGACACGGAGCAGCAGACGGACAACAUGGGCAGGGUGCUCAGUACAAGUGCACCGGCUUCCACCAACUGUCUGCUCGGCAACUUCGAGGAGUCGGUGCUGAACGGACGUAUUGAACCUAUCGGGGUAGUGGAUGGAUUCACUGCGGAGAUUGGAGCCAGCGGAUCCUUCUGUCCGAAGCAUGUGAUACUGCCAGUAACAUCCUACUUCUUCAAACUGUCGGAUGAUAAUGCACCGUCUCCCUACCUGGGUCACAUGAACCUGGAGAGCCUGGGAAAGAGAGGAUAUCACAUUCCGAAGAAGGGCACAGUGCAAGUGACUCUCUUCAACCCCAACAAGACGGUGGUCAAGAUGUUCGUGGUCAUGUACGACCUGCGGGACAUGCCAGCAAACUGUCGCACGUUUCUACGGCAACGCACACUUUACAUGCCUGUAGACCCUGAUAGUGAAGAACCUGCCUACCUGAGAUACCUCAUACAUCUAAGGUUUGCUAGCACCAAGACCGGAAAGAUCCACCUCCACACCGACAUCCGACUCAUCUUUGCCCGCGACAAGUUUGAGUUCGACAACAAAGUAGCCCAAUACGAGCUCCGAUCAUUCAAUGAGGGGCCCAGAAAUCCCAAGUUUUCCCCCAAGAGGUGACCCAGGCAGUCGUUAGGGUAUUAAUUGUUAACUAGCUGGAGUCUGUGUUUGAGUCAUUGCUGUAGAGGAUGGUUUUGUUAACUAGCAGGAGUCUGUUUGAGACUGUAGACGAUGGUUUUGUUAACUAGAAGGAGUCUGUUUGUGACUGACACCCUCCUGUCAAUGAUGAUGAUGAUGAUGAUGAUGAUGAUGAUGAUGAUGAUGAUGAUGAUGAUGAUGAUGUGGCAUUAUGGGGACGUCCAGAUUUAGGUAGCAAUGUUCUGUGGUGUGUUCACCGCCAGGGUAACUUAGAAAUAUUGUCCUUUUCCCAAAGAGAUUUUUUCCAAAGGUGCACUCUGCUGUUGUUCCAAUCAUAUCCUCAUUAAGAAUUCUCUUGGAUGCCAAGAAUACUGUUCCAUGCCUGCCAAAUAGACAACACAAGAUCAGUCCGUCAAACAACACGUCCUCAACAUGUUGACUUGACUAAGCAGUUGCAGUAUUUAUAAGAAAUGCAAGAUCCUUCCUGAAAUAUUGAAUUUGUUACUCUUUCUAUGGACAUAGCAGCACCUAGGGAUGCUCACCACUUGUUUAGCCUUGGAUACUGAGUGAUGUCACAAAUACACAACAAAAUAAUUUAUUGUAAUCUAUAAUGUAUAAAUUGUUCAAAUCCUCUGUUUAGCGCAUAAACAGUUUGUUUAUUGAAUUCAGUUGUUAAGUUAUUUUAAGACUUCAAAAAGUAGAGGUCAU